AUGGAAGGUGUAUCAUAUGAAAAUAAAGCUAAGAAACUAAUACUAGAUUCAUCAAUAUCUAAUCCAGCAUUAAAAUUAGAAAUAGAUCAAUUAAAUACUUUAACUCAAGAAAUUAUAAAUCAAGGAAAUGAUGUACCACCAUUACCAACUCCAGAAAAUUUUAAUAAAGAUUUAUCAAAAAUGAUAAAAAAAUUAUAUGAAAGUGGAGUACAAUCUUUUAAAAUGAAUAAAUUUGAAGAUAGUGUUAGAAAUUUUACAAUAGGAAUUGAAAUGAUAUUAAGAAGACCAAAAAUUGAAAGUUUUCAAGGUACAAUACAAGAAUUAUCAAUGUUUUUAAUGAGUAGAUGUGAUGCAUAUUUAAAAACUAAACAAUAUCUUAAUGCUUAUAAUGAUGUAGAUUUAUUAAUCAAUAUGCAAAUGAAUCAACCAGAUAAUUUUUUAAGAAGAGGAGUUGCUAAUUAUUUUUUAGGAAAUUAUGAAUUAUCAAGAGCUGAUUAUCAAAGAGGUUUAUCAUUUGAUGAAAAUAAUCAAAGAUUACAACAAGAAUUAAAUAUAUGUUUAGAUAAAAUAUUGGAAGAAAAUGGAGAUUAUUUGUAA